CGCUCUCUUCCAGCUCUCCAGGGUCAGCCGGUCCCCCUGAGGUGCGUGCGCCCUUUGACCCGAGCGACUGGCGUUGCCCUGAGCGAUGGACUGUGGCCGUGUCGGCGCCACCAGCGGCUCACAUGUGGGGCGAGAUCAUGAAUGACAAGCUGGUCUUCCUGGGCCUGCUGUACUUCGUCCAGGGCGUCCCGUACGGCCUCCAGUCCUCCCUGCUCCCGGUCUUCCUGCGCGGCGCCGGCCACUCCCUGACCCGCAUCGGCCUCACCAAGAUCCUCUACUUCCCAUGGGUCCUCAAGGUGCUGUGGGCGCCGCUGGUGGACCGCGUGGGCACCAAGCGGCGCUGGCUGGUGGGCACGGUGUCCGGGCUGGCGCUGACGUGCCUCUCCAGCGCCGCGCUGGCGCCAGAGGCCCACAUCUGGGGCGUGGCGGGGACCCUGCUGGUCAUGAACCUCCUGGCGUCCGUCCAGGACAUCGCCGUAGACGGAGCCGCCGUGGCGUUGUUGAAAGGUCGCGUGGAGCUCGGGCUCGGCAACACGGCACAGGUGGUGGGCUACAAGGCGGGCUCGGUGUUUGCCGGGGGGGGGCUGCUGGCUGUGAUCGACGUGGCCGGCUGGAGCUGGAUGUUCAUGCUGCUGACGUUCAUGUACGCCGGCGUGGCGCUGUUUGUGUGGGGGGCCCCGGUUCUGGACGAGGAGACCCUGAGGGGCCCGCAGGCGGAGGGCAGCCGGCGGGGGGGGCAGGAGGCCAUGCGGCCGUGGAGGGUGUGGAGGAAGAUGCUGGCUGUCCCCGGCACGCCGUGGACCGUCCUCUACGUGCUGACCUACAAACUAGGUGAGUGGGAUUCUUCUUAUCAGUCUACAAAGCCUCGUGGUGCAUUCAAAG